AUGUUGCCUGCGGGACGCAUCCUGGAACUGCCUCAAAGUGGAACAAUCCCGAAAGAUUGCAUCAACACGUUUGCCUCGCGAUUGCCAAGAGAACCUGGCUAUGAGAAAAUUUUCGUCAUGAUGAUCUUGUCAAUGCAUUCAAACGAGGAUAUCACAAAGGCAUCGUACUUUCAAGCCGUCGAUCCUUCCAAGACCCUUGUCUGCCCGGGUCAGCUUGUUGACAGUUUGACCACUUUGCCGGUAUUUAAUGAGCUCCAAAAGAAGCUGCUUUAG